AAAUAUCUGAAUAUCUUGAUCAUACAUUCUUCGGCAUGAUUCAAAGAAUUCAAUGGGAGUUUUCGUUCAGCUUUGUGAUAACUAGGUUUUUUCUAUAGAAUAUACAAAGAACUGGACAAUGGCUAUGCACGUACCCCGCGCUCCUGGUUUCUCCUCCAUGAUGAAGGAUGGAGCCAGGUUCUUCUCUGGACUGGAAGAAGCUGUGAUAAGAAAUAUUGGCGCUUGCAAGGAAUUUGCAGAAACAGUGCAGACCUGUUAUGGACCCAACGGGAUGAAUAAGAUGGUGAUCAAUCAUCUGGAGAAGUUGUUUGUCACAAACGAUGCUGCCACAAUUAUCAGGGAAUUGGAGGUUGAGCACCCCGCCGCCAAGAUGGUUAUCCUCGGUUCCCAGAUGCAGGAGAACGAGGUCGGAGAUGCCACAAACUUUGUCAUUAUUUUGGCCGGUCAACUCUUAAAGGAGUCAGAAGAUCUGAUAAGGAUGGGUUUGAAACCCACCGAGGUUGCUGAUGGAUAUGAGAGAGCUCUAGAGAAAGCUCUGGAGGUUCUGGAGACCCUGGCUUGUGCCGAGGUUAAGAAUACCAAGGACCACAAGGAGGUUGAGAAGGCUAUUAGAUCUGCAGUUAUGUCCAAACAGUACGGAAGCGAAGACUAUUUGGCAGAUCUUAUCACAAAGGCUUGUAUCUCUAUACUCCCUGAGAAGACGACCUUCAAUGUGGACAAUGUAAGAAUCUGCAAGAUUGUUGGAGGAGGUCUCCUUAGCUCAACAGUCGUACAGGGAAUGGUUUUCAGAAGAGUCGUAGAAUCUACAGUUACCAAAAAAGAGAAUUGCAAAGUUGCUGUUUACACUUGCCCCGUAGACGCUCUACAGACCGAGACCAAGGGAACUGUUCUGAUCAAGACCGCUGAGGAGCUCACCAACUUUAGCAGGGGGGAGGAGUCACAGCUGGAGAACCAGAUCAAGGCCAUCGCUGACGCCGGUGUCGGAGUUAUUGUCUCCGGAGGCAAGAUUGGAGAUAUGGCUAUGCAUUACAUUAACAAAUACGGAAUGAUGGCUGUUAGACUUAUGUCCAAGUGGGAUAUCAGAAGACUCGCAAGAGCUACAGGAGCAACUGCUCUACCAAGGAUGACUGCCCCUACUGCUGAGGAACUAGGUAUGGCAGAGUCUGUUCAGAUCGAUGAACUUGGAGAUACUGAGAUUGUUGUCUUCAGGGUUGGAACUAAAGAAUCCCGAGUUGUAACAGUUGUUGUCCGAGGCUCUACAGACAAUUAUAUGGAUGAUAUUGAGAGAGCUAUCGAUGAUGGAGUUAACGUCUUCAAGGGAUUGUGUAAAGAUGGAAGAUUAACUGCUGGUGGAGGAGCUACUGAGAUAGAACUAGCUCAACAGCUGGCUGCUUGGGGAGAAACCCAUCCUGGACUUGAACAGUACAGUAUUGGAAAGUUUGCUCAAGCUCUUGAAGUUAUUCCCCGAGUCCUGGCAGAGAACAGCGGAGUUAAACCUAAAGAAGUAAUCAGUAAACUCUACGCAGCUCACAGCGAGGGAAAGAAAAAUGUCGGGUUCGACAUCGAAGGAGAGAGCGGAGAUGUCAAGGAUUGUGCUGAGAGCGGUGUGUUUGACCUCCUUCUUGCCAAGAAAUGGGCCUUGAAAUACGCCACCAGCGCCGCAUGCACUGUUCUAAGAGUGGACCAGAUUAUUAUGGCGAAACGUGCCGGUGGACCCAAACCAAGAGAUACCUCCGGACCCAUGGACCAGGAUGAUGAUUAAACACGAACAGAUCUCAACAAUCCGAGUAUUCAUUCCGUGAGUCUAAAGUCCAGUUUAAAUGUAUUGCGCUAAUUAAUCACUAACUUGAGAAGCCUUGCUCCUAAAUACACCUUGUAUAAUGCUCUAAA